CUUCGGCCCCGCGACAUUCUACACUACUCCCUUCGAUUUCCCCUUCGUAUCCCUGGCGUCGGUCUUUAUCCCGAACCCCAAGACCUUCAGGUAUCGCUGCUUCUUGUGACCUUUGCCAAGAUCGACGGCAAUUGUCGUUGUCUAUCCUUGAGAAGAAGAGAAAAGGAAAAGAAACAAAUCGAAUUCAUCAUAAGCACAGACGUCAUUUCUGGGACGUUGACCUCGACCACCACACACCCGCACCUCCCUCCGCCUGCGCAGUCUCGAUCCCGAAGUUGGCAAUCCCGGUCACGGGCCCACGGUCUCGCUCGCAUCCACCACGAGUGGGUCAAUUGGCACCGACGCCGCCUUCAACCGCCGUGAAAGUCAAGCUGGCUUCGACUCGAUCUCCGGGCCUUCUUCCCCUUAUUCAUCCGCAAUAUCCAACAUCAUUUACACCACCCACCGAGUUGGAGCUGCCUCCGGUUCAAGCCGUCAUAAUGGAGGAUCCCACGACGCAACAGCAGCCCGCGGCGGCAUCGCCAUCCUUGCCAGUGCCGACCACGCUUGAACCCGAACCCAUAUCCCGACCGAGCUCGACGUCGACCCAGGCCUCGGUGCCUCAAAACAUGUCGCAUAUGUUGCCCGGUAUCGCAUCCAUUGCCACUACCACCACCACGACCACCACGACCACCGUCACCACCAACAACAACAAUAACAAUAACAACAACAACAACAAUACGCCGGCGACAGUCACAUCACCACAGCCUAGGCCCAUGACCAUGGCCGCUCCUCCCAUGAUUCCUCCAGGCACCUCUCCAGCUGCCAGCUCGCAUCCAGGUCCAGGAGGCAACUUGCCCACGUGCCAGAACUGCGCGACCUCGACAACGCCGCUAUGGCGCCGCGACGAGAUGGGCCAGGUCCUCUGCAAUGCCUGUGGUCUCUUCCUCAAGCUGCAUGGCCGUCCACGCCCAAUCUCCCUAAAGACCGAUGUCAUCAAGAGUCGCAACCGCGUCAAGACCAUGCGCCCUGACUUGGCCAAGCAGAAAAAGCAGCAACAACAACAGCAGCAGCAGCAGAACCUAGCUGCCACCGCCGACAUGAACGGAGGAGUAGGCAUGAUGGAUCCCAACAACCCUGCCGCUGCUGCCCGAAGAGCAUCCCAGAAGUCCAUCAAUGGCCACCCCGUCGACGAUAACUCGCCCGUUUCGCGGACCGGCACCCCCAACGUAUACAAUCCGCACAUUCCCAUUGAUCACAGCCUAGAGUACCAAUUUCAAGCCCAACAGAUUCCCGGAUUUGGCGUCCCGACUGCCUCUCCCGGCCGAGCCCCAUCGCCCAUGAAUGGCGAGCACAUGCCACAAACCCACGAGCAGCUCCUCGCUGCCAAUGCCAGCCUGAAGACCCGAGUCAGCGAGUUGGAGGUCAUCCAAGAGCUCUACCGCGGUCGCCUUCACCAACUCGAGACGGAAGAGAACAUUCGACAAGCUUCAGAGCCCGGCAAGCUUGAAGCGCAGCUUCGCGCCCAGAUCGAUGCCAUGGGCGAAGCUCAUCAGCAGCUGCAAAAGGAACUGGAGGAAAGCCACAGGAGGGAGAAUAUGCUCAAGAGACGCCUUGAUGAGCUCGAGGUUGAGCUCAAGGACGUCAAGGAUGCUCUCGAAUCUCAGGAUAAUGGACGCCACAAGAAGAUCCGCUUGGACGAAAACGUCAAGACCGAGCCCUAUGCAGAAGUUGUUGAGCCACAGCAGCCGGAACAGCAGCAGCCAGCACCUGCAGAGCAGCCAAUUCCCACCCCUAUGGCCAUCGACGAAGCCACCCCUGCCCCUGCGCCAGCACCCGAGGCAGCACCCGAGCAGGCUCCGGCACCCGCGCCCGAACCCGUCCAAGAACAAGCCCAAGAGCCAGAGCCUGCGCCCGUUAGCGAGCCCACUGAGGCUUCAGCCCCGGCCCCGGCCCCGGAAGCCGAUUCUGUUGUUCCCGAGCCGACCCCCGCCGCGCCAGAGUCUGCUCCCACCGAAGAGCCUGCCGCACCGGAGACUGAGGCCUCUGAGCCUCCCACCACCGCCCCCGUGGAAGAAGCUCCCAAGGCGGAGUCAUAGUGUCCCUGCCGCCAGUGCUUUGCUUCUUUUUCUGGUGGUCCAAUGGAUACUACUGCCUAAGAGUCUCCUGCAACAUACUUGGCUUUGGAUGGAUGGAUGGAUGGAUGGACGGAUGGCUGGAUGGCUGGAUGGAAAGCGUGUCGCGUUAAUGAUUUUUAUACUAUCACCUGAGUCUUUGGCGUUGUCGACAAUGACUGGAUUGAACUAUCAAAAGUUGAUGUGGUCAGCUAAAAAGAGGAAUCGGGAUGGUCAUGCUCGGACAAAGAUGGCUUGGUUGGGAUUGCCUUGAUUGAUUGUUGAUUACGCCAAUGAUUACCACUUGGUUUGGCUGGUUAGUCGAGUCGGACGGGGUUAGGGAGCUACGGAGCCAUUUUUUUUUUUUCUGAUGAUGAAUGGGUUUACUGAAAAUUCGCUUAUUUGAACAUUUUCCCUUCUAGUUCGAUGUUUCUCUUUAAUACACCUCUUUCUGGCCCGUUUCGGUGGCAGGAUGAGGGUGCCCUUUACGGUAUUUUGACUUUUAUUGUCGUUUUGCGUGGUGUUUACCGUGGGUGGCGCUUCCCAAAGGGGUCAGGAACGAAUGAUGAAAAAAAUGUAUUUCACCGAUAAAUGGGACAUGGUUAAAGGGAAGAUGAAAAGUUACUUACCUAUGUUGGCGUCACUUUACUUUGACUUUGGUUGUUACAGUUCUACGGACGAUACUGAAAAGGAAUAGAAAAGGAAGGUUGACUUC